UGGUCUGCCCAUGUCUAGAACCAUGGCCUCGAUGUUACCUUCCAACUUCGGGCUUGCGUUGGGUAAACCGUUUCACGCAGGGCUUGCGCGUGGUGUCAUCUUGCUUUGAAUCGACGAGACAGCCAGCCUUUAUAAAGUGCCAUGUGAGCCCCAGGCUGGGCCUCUCUCCGCGCGAACAAUGAAAGCCCACCUGCCACGAUUGAAUGAGCUCCGGAAACUACUGGCAUCAGCAGGAAAGAAGCCGCAUUCAGGUAUCAGGCCCGAUGUCUCACACCACGGAAUCGUCUUCGCCCGACGACAGAAGACUGGACUUCCAGGCCGUCUCGGACGAGAGUACGUUAACCGGGAAAAACGAAAGUGAGAGAGCUGGGGCUUGGAAGGUCGAUAGCGUGGUCACAAUCGAGCUUCUUGAACAGCCCACCGACAGGACUGGUUAGAGGAAUCUCAUGUCGUUACUUUGCGAGUAUGACCCGUCCUCUGUCCUACAAUAUUCCAAGCCCAGCUACUACUCCGCCAAGAAAGACGCUGAUCUGUAUUGUCCAGUCUUGAAACCAGAGUCCCAAAGCUGGAGGAAGAUGUGAAGGAUGAGGACAAGGGAAAUCACCGCUUGCAAAGAAGAGUGAGCGGCAUCUAUGUG